GAAUGAUCGGGUUUAAGGGAAUUCUGACAGAGGUGCCGAAAGAUGUGUGGAAUAGCGCUGUUUGUUUCCGGAAUUCGCAUAGACUUAUCGUCUCUUCUCCCUAAUUUCAUCUUUCCAACACCUCAAUUUCAUCAAAAAACUUUAGUUUCAGAGGAGGAUAUUAAAUCUGUUCUGCUUAGAAGAGGUCCAGAUAGCUUAGGGAGUAAGAGUGUGAUUAUUCAUUCCAAAACCUCAUUCUAUGGUGAAGGGGAAUGUGAAAUCGUUUCUAUAGCUGGCUAUGAAAAUUAUAAUGAAGUAACUGACAGCAGGUUGAGCAAUGGUGGCAUUGUAAAGUUGCAUGGCGAAUUACGAUUUAUUGGGGCUACAUUGCAACUCAGAGGCGUCAAUCCUAUUGUUCAGCCCUUGGUGGAUGAUUGCGGGAACAUUCUUGUAUACAAUGGUGAAAUAUUUGGAGGAAUUCAUGUGGCUUGUGAUGAAAACGAUACAGAGAGUCUCAUGCAAUCCUUGAGAGGAAGCUGUGGUAUUGUAAAUGGACAAAAUAGAUCAAUCCCUGACGUACUUUCUCGCAUCAAAGGGCCAUGGGCUAUGAUAUAUUGGCAGAAUAGCUCGAAAACCUUGUGGUUUGGAAGAGAUGCAUUUGGUAGGCGGAGCCUUCUUGUUCACUGGCCUACACAGGAGGACUCUCGGUUUCUGCUAUCUUCUGUGUCACCACCUUCUUUAACAUCGGAAAGAUCUGGCUGCAGUACCUAUGAGCAAAGUCAUAACCUGGGCUUCUGGGAAGAACUUCCUUGUGGAGUGUACAGUUUGUCUAUUGGUGCUUUUGAAACCAAUGGAGAAUUAUUUGCUAACGUUACAAAGCAUGAUUGGGCUAAUCCAAAUCUUAAAGAACUGAUUAGGUGGGAGAGGAAAUUCAUACAACCCAGCCCCGUUGAAUUGCAAAUUCCUCAGAUAAAGAUUUCUUGUUGGCAGCAGGACAUUUGUCCCAAUGGUACUGGUCAUAUUUUGUGUUCGUCUACAUUGAAUGUACAAAAAGCGGUGACGGCAUUGAGGGAAUCUGUAAUGAAACGGACUUCAACAGAUACAGUUUAUCAGGCAGUGCACAAAAACUGUGAUCCGAUAGCACUGCUCUUUUCUGGUGGAUUGGAUUCUAUGAUACUUGCAGCAUUGUUGGAUCAGUGCAUAGAUGCCAACUAUGCAAUUGAUCUGCUUAAUGUAAGUUUUGAUGGUCAGUGUGCUCCUGAUAGAAUUUCAGCCAGGGCAGGUCUUAAGGAACUCCAAAGAAUUGCCCCAUCAAGACGAUGGAGACUUGUAGAAAUUGAUGCUGAUCUACAGAAAUUAACCUCUGAAACAAAACAUGUCAUGUCACUCAUAAAUCCUGCGAAGACCUACAUGGACCUGAAUAUUGGAAUAGCACUAUGGCUGGCAGCUGGUGGUGAUGGUUGGCUGUAUCAAAACAUGAUGAACAGUAGUAAUGUUGAAAUGUGUGAACGUGUCAAGUACAAGUCUGAAGCCAGGAUUCUUCUGGUAGGCUCUGGUGCAGAUGAGCAGUGUGCUGGAUAUGGCCGGCACAGGACAAAGUUCAGAAACGGAAGUUGGCAAGGGCUGUGUGAGGAAAUGAAACUAGACAUGCAAAGGAUUUGGAAAAGGAAUCUUGGGCGAGACGAUAGAUGCAUAGCUGACAAUGGCAAGGAGGCUAGGUUUCCUUUCUUGGAUGAGGAUGUGAUAAGGGCAUUACUUGAUAUUCCUCUGUGGGAGAUUGCUGACCUGAAUCAACCAAGUGGCGUUGGUGAUAAGAUGAUCCUGAGAGAGAUUGCCCGAGUGCUUGGAUUAUCUGAAGCUGCUUCUCUGCCGAAAAGAGCAAUCCAGUUUGGUUCCAGGAUAGCACGGGAGUCGAACCGUAAGAACUUUGGAAGCAAUCGUGCAGCGAAUCAAGCAUCUGCUGGAAGUGUAGAUAUAUUAUAUAUGGGUCAUCAAACUAAUACUUAGAACACUUCUCUCUCUCUCUCUCAUCAUGGCCUUCAAAUGAGUAGAACCUGUGAUGUAUUUUAUAACUAGCAGCAAGAUGGUAACUCUUUGUAGUCUAAACAGCUGUAGUUUCAUCUCAAGAUAUUCAAGGGCUCUUUGGUGAAACAAGGCUUCCGGAGGGUAAUGCAAAGAUAACUAGAUACCCAACUGUUGGUGUCAUAUUGUAGUGUGAAUUUGGAAAUUGUAUUUAAAAACAAUUGCGAAGGUGAGAUUAAGGUAUUUAAGAAUGCUUUGUUCUAUAACACAGAAAAUGUGUAUUGAUAGAUGUAGUAUUAUUUAGAAAACUGUUGAAAUAUAUUGAAUUAGUUAUGUUCCAACUAUUCCUGAUUAGGAAU